AUGGGCGCGCAUGCUGUAUUCACUGGUAUUGUGCUUGGGGUUACGGGUCUCUCCCUGGUUCCACUUGGAGAUUACUUUUUUCCCGCGCCGUACAAGGCCAAUACGAUUGUCCGUGUUGCCUCUGGCCUGUCACAGCCUCACAAGCAUGACGAGGCUAGUACUGGAGGUGAUAUGCCGAGCAUAGCCCUGUUCGAUGGAAACGGCGAGCGAAUUGGAUUCAAAUCUGGGAGUAGACAUGGGAAAAUUCCUGAUGGCCGCUAUGAGGACAUUUCCAUUACUCCAAUAGAUAGAAAAAAUAACAGACCGGCAGAAUAUAUUUCUCUCAGUGCUUCGAGUCCUGAUGCCCUUUGUGUUGCAUACAUUGCUGUGACACAUCCCAGCAAGGAAUACUGGGCUUUCACAGGAGACAAUGCAGCCAUGUGCGGGGUGCCUUGGUAUCAUUCUAAUCUUGUGAUGCAGGUGGGUGAUCUGGCUCACAAGCCAAAGUGCUUUUGGAUUGAUGGCCCAGACGAUGAUGGGAAGACAACAUACAACUUCCCUCAGGGAAUUGGCAUUCAUCUGAUUGACUUUAUCGGUUCUGAGGCCCUAUAUGCGCAGUACGCGGAUCAUCCAGACUCAAUGUGCAAGAGCGCACCCAGAUUGAAGAUGUACAAAAAGUUGAACGAGCUGCAAUGCCUCCCUGUUUUCAAUCCUCCGCUGGAGUAUACCAGAGACGGGCUUGAUGCGGACUUGGAGGCAUUAAAAACAGAGGGUGAAGUCAUGUGCAGUCCUCCUCCAGGUCAGCUUCCAACACUAGAAGAGAGAAUCAAGUUACAGAGGGUGCUCCGGUUCCCAGCUCGGCUCUGGCGUCCAACUUAUGGAGUCAAGAAGAAAAGGGACAAGAUUAUGCAGCUGGAUGAGAGAGAGGAACAAUUCAAACCCACUUGCUUCAACAAUGACAUUGUGAUCAGCAACUCCAUGAGUGCAAAGGAGCUUUGUGAUGACCCCGGUUCCCGUGGUCCGGACUUUGUUUCUAAAAAGGAAGGCUUUUAUUGUGACAUGUGCACACAUACACUGUGGCCUGUUUGUCACAAGGGUGCAGCUGUCCAAAGGCCUUUAGGAUGCUUUGAUAUUGAUGCCAAAAAGCUGCAUUAUGACAGGGAGAAGACUGCACGUGAUAAUAGUACAAUUGUACCGGUCAAGAAUUAUCAGAAUGUUAGAAUCUGGAAAUGA